CAGCGGAUGGAUGGUAUUGACAUUAUUUCUAAACUCUUUCCACAUGCCUAUCCUGGCAACAGCAAUGAUAGUGGAAGUGAUAAUAGAAAUAAUAAUAACAGCAUGAAUAGUAAUAAUAAUGCUAGAGUAUCCCUGGCCCAUAUUGCGGCUUACACGGAACUGAUGCAGACAGUGACGAGCAGUCCUUCAUUUUGCCGUGUCAUUCAAACCUCCUCCUUAUUGUUGCAACUACAUCUAACGUCUGUGGUGGUAAAUCUCUGGUGGCUGCAGGGGGCACACAUCCAGCAGUGUGUCUCUUUCGCGAUGGAUGCAAAGAUGAGUGGAGGCCAUCUCUCUUUUUGUGUUUGUUGCAUGUUUCUGAUGUGGCAGAGUUGCAGAUGCGACUGA